UUAUUAAUAAAUUUUGACAAAAAUUCAUGUAAAAAAAACAAACCGAAAAACUCAUAAAAUAUUUCUUUCAAAAUAAUGUCUUACAACUGUACUUUUUAACAAGUAUCAUGUUGAUACCAUAGUUCUUCAGUUAAAAGCAAAGUCAAGAUGUUGGAAGGGGUAAGAACGGUGUGAAAAUUUCAUAAUUCUUGAUUUUAUAAGAAAAUAUAUAAACUCUAGCUUUACUACUAAUAUCCGUCAAACAUGCUUUAAUUGACAAGAUCUUCUGUUUUUAUGAGCAUACAAGUACUUACAAUUCUAUAAAAAGAAAUUAAAUGAGUGUUAACACUAGUUUAAGAUACUUCUCCAGUUUGUUUGAGGAUUUAUAAAAAAGAAAAUCUAAAAAAAUAAAAUGUGCAUUCACAAGUUUUUGCUACAAACAAUAUUUGUUUGCUACAUUUUGAUGUACACAGAAGCUAAUCUGAGUGCUGAUGCGGUGUAUUCCAUGCUAGCUGCUAAAAUAGAUACAAUUAACAGUGAAAUGUCCUUGUUACGUCGUGUUCUAAUGUCAACCAAAUCAGAACUGGCAUUUACUCAGACAAAACUAAAAUCAACUGAGACAGAAGUAAACAUAAUAAAAAGACAAUGUGGACUUAUUUCAGGAAUCACAACAAAUACAAGGUCUCCAAUCACUCCAACUGAAAACUCUACAAGUACCUCAUUUGAAGAUGAAACAUGUUGCCAAGUUGUUGAAAAGGCAAUUAUAAGAAUGAAAGCAGAACAGAAACAGACAAAACAAGAUAUAGAAAAUGUGAUAGAGAAGAAAAUGGCUGAAGUGAAUGAAGAUAUUGCAAGAAAUAGUGAGGGGCUGGUAUCCAUGGAGACUAACAUAGACAAACUGGCUGUAGACCUUGUUAGCUUCAGGAACAACAGUGACAAAAAGUUGGUAAAGAUUGGACAAGAGGUAAAAGUGUUGACCGGAGAGAUGGCAAGUUACAACUUGGAAAUGGUGAAAAAGGAGACAAAAAUAAUAAAAACUAAUAAUGACUUAAAUGCCAUGUCUAAAAAUUUUGACAACCUAACACAACAAAUGAGAAAUGAAAUGAAAGAUAUCAAAAAAGAAAUAUCAAAUAACACUCAUGAUCUAAUAAAUUUGGAAAGAAAUGUGGCUAAGGAAUCUGAAAAUCUCAUGGCACUAUCGAACAACCAUGAAAAACUUUCCACAAAGGUUGAACAACAACAAAAUAACUUUAAUGAAGAGAUACAAAAUACAAAAAUGUAUCACCUUAAAACCAAAUCAGAGUUAGAAAAACUUUCAACCAACCUCAGUGACUUCUCAAACAAUCAUGCUAGACUUGCUGAGACAGUUCAAGACCAGAAAUCAGAAAUCACAGAGGUUGUAAAAUCUGAAAUGGAGAAGACUGAGCAUUGUCAAUCCGGUCGUGUCCAUCAUUGGAAUAGCAGCAGUCCAUUUCCCAUCACAUUUACAAUAACUUUCAAGAAGCCUUUUACAAACACACCUGUAUUUACCAUGGGUGCUUCACUGCUUGACUUCUAUAAAGACAAAAAUUUGAGACUAUCAUUGACUGUGAAAGAAUUAUCGAAGGAACAAGCAAAAGUACAUGCUUCAAUAUGGGCUGAUACAAGAAUCUGUGCUGCUGGUUUUCAUUGGAUGGCUUGCCCGACAUAAAAAUUUGCAUAACUGUUAUAA